AUAUCUAUUAUAUAAAAAUAAGUCCGGUUUUCCUCCCUGACGCUAUAACUCCAGAACGCACGAACCGAUUUCCACGGUUUUGCAUUCGUUGGAAAGGUCUUGGGCUCCGUGAGGUUUAUAGCAAAGAAAAUUCUGGAAAAUUCAGGAAAAAUUCAACAGAAAAGUGGGGAAAUCGUUUUUCACAUACAGCGCCAUCUAUUAUACAUAGCAUGUACUUCAAACCAAUAGCAACGGUGCGUGAUAAAGUGUGUGACAGAUAGUCAUUAUUCUCUGCUCAGUUAAUUUCAUUUAAGCUCAGUGUAAAUUAUGUGGAUCGUGCAUUUGAAGUUAAAUUCAACACUCUGUCCAUAGUCCAAAAUGCCUAGAGAACGACGUGCGAACAUCGGCCGCCGCACAAGACAUGCAAGCCAGCAACAAGUCUAUUCAAGGAACUUAAGAGAAGAAAGACAAAAUAUAAUAAGAGAAAAUGACCGAUUGAGACAUCGCGUGAGCACACGAAGAUCAUUGGCAUCAUACAAUCGCUUGGCAUUCCAAUAUGAUCCCACUGCGAACUACAGUGAUGAUGAAAAUUUGGAUAUUGGACGAAUGACGACUAUAUGCCGAUAUUGCAAUGCGGUAAAGUUCAAAAGAGAAACGGUUGGAUUGUGCUGCGCAAGUGGAAAAGUCAAACUGGAUCCAUUACUUACACCACCACAGCCACUGAAAACAUUGUUUGAUGGAAGUGAUCCCGAUUCCAGCCAUUUUCUUCAACACAUCCUUGAAUACAAUAACUGCUUUCGCAUGACUUCCUUUGGAGCUAAUAUCAUUCGAGAAGGCGGCUUCAUGCCGACUUGCAAGAUACAAGGUCAAAUAUAUCAUUUGCAUGGUUCAAUGGUGCCAACACCAGAUGAACCGCAUCAAUUUCUGCAAAUAUAUUUCAUUUCGUCGAUGGUGGAUCAGCUGAACGUGCGUGCUGCAAUAUACAGGGAGCACAACAGUGAACAUGUGCGAAGAUUCAAUGCACCCACCGUUAAUGAUGUUGCUGCAAUUAUUGUUGGCGAUCCAACUAAAUCACGAGACAUUGUCGUUCAGCGAAGAAGCAAUAUCAUGCAUCGUGUAAACGAGACACAUCGUUUGUACGAUGCGUUACAAUAUCCAAUCAUUUAUUGGCAAGGGCAAGACGGAUACGACAUCACGUUGAAGAUGGUCGAUCCAAUUACAGGAGUAUCAACGAAUAAUAAAAAUCUAAGCGCAAUGAAUUACUAUGCGUAUCGUAUGAUGAUUCGUACACAUGAGGAGAAUGUCAUUCUGAAGUGCGGUCGGCUAUUCCAGCAAUUCGCUGUCGACAUGUAUGUCAAAGUCGAGACCGAACGUUUAGCGUUCAUCAGAUUCAAUCAGCCAAAGCUACGAUCUGAGGACUAUAUACACUUGCGUGAUGCUAUUCAUUCAGAUGGUGAUGUUCAGAAUAUUGGACGACUGACGAUUCUCCCAUCAACUUAUAUCGGAAGCCCACGCCACAUGCACGAAUACGCUCAAGACGCUAUGACGUACGUGCGAAAUUAUGGAACUCCGGAUUUAUUUAUUACGGUCACAUGCAAUCUGAAGUGGACGGAAAUUGAACGCGAGUUGGAACCGGGUCAAAAACCGCAAGAUCGCCAUGACAUAAUCGCCAGAGUUUUUCAGCAAAAACUCAAGAUUAUGAUGGAUGUGCUUACUAAGUAUCGAGUUUUUGGUGACACACGUUGUUAUAUGUACUCGGUGGAAUGGCAGAAGCGUGGACUACCGCAUGCUCAUAUCCUAAUUUGGUUGCUGAACAAAUUACAUUCAAAUGAAGUGGAUGACAUCAUAUCAGCUGAAAUUCCUGAUCCAGUCACUGAUCCCCGUCUACACGACAUUGUGACGACACAGAUGGUGCAUGGACCGUGCGGUGCAUUAAAUCCAUUAUCGCCUUGCAUGGCUGAUGGAAAGUGCACAAAACGAUAUCCGCGACCGUUAGUUGCUGAAACAGUCACAGGGAAUGAUGGAUAUCCAGUUUAUCGUCGGCGUUCAAAAGAAGAUAACGGUCGAACUAUCAAAGUUAAAGUUCAAAAUCAAGAGAUUGAGAUCGGAAAUGAAUUCAUUGUACCAUAUUGCAGAUUUAUAUUUAUAUUUAGCAGUGCAUUUGGAAAAUGGCCAAAGAGUUUACUUCACUGA